AUGCUUCUUAAACAGGCACUCUAUGGAGGUGCUAUCACGACAGUAGUUCCUGAGGGCUUCCUCGAUGCCUCAAUCCUCAGAGAAGUACCAGACACGCAAGAAGUUUACGUUAAUAGCAGAGAAGAGCCAGAGAAAUUUGAUGAUGGAUUGGGCACCAAUGAGAGCAUCAUAUUUGAUUUGCUGCAGCGUGUAGACGAAACAGAUGAUGUUAAGGCGCUGCAUGUGCAUUUGGAAGAAAUUUCAUCUAUAAACGAAACUAAUGCGUGGACCAUUUUGUACCACGAACAAAAGGGUGCUGUUCAGAGAUGCAUAGCCGUUGAAACAGUUUUGAAAUGGGGUAAAAAAGAGCUCAGUGAGACACUUAUUUUGUGCUUAAGCUUGAUUAGACUUGAAGAUGUCGAAACCGAUAUCAUAAUCAGUGUGAACGUUCCUGUUAAUGUACCUGAGGAACUCGUACAACUAAAGCGUUACACUGAUGAUCCCGAUGGUGUUAGUUCCUUGCCUGAGCGUAUCCAAGCUGGCUUCCAUCUUUUAACGGCAAUAACAGACCAAUUUACUAUAGUUGAUGAUGGUCUGUUUAUAUAA